CUAUAUAUAUGUGGAAUAAUAAAUUGAUCCCAAGGAAUAAAUAAGGUUUAUCCCAAAUAAUAAAAUCCAACUUUACUUUCUCCAAAGAUUAGUGACUGUUUAUUUAUUUUUGAAAAACCAAAGGAUAUUCCGCAAAAUUCCCCACAAUGACCUCAUCUAUCACCACUUGACCGUAAUUGUAGCUUAGCUCUCCACACCUCCCACCAUCACCCCCAUCUCUCCCUACAAAUACCCACCAAAUUAUUUGAAUCAAACAAUAAUUAUAAUUAUACUACAAAUUAAAGUAAGAAAUUUAUAAUAUUUUCCUAACAAAAAUAUAAUGGGUAGUUUAGAAGAAGAGAAGCUCUUAGAAAUGGUUCAUGAUUUCAUUGAAUCAUCCGACUCACAAACUUCUUCAUCUCACAACUUUUAUAAUCCUCCUAAUACCCAUAAACAUGCUCAUUUUCUUCAUUCUACAAGAUUCUUCACACUUCAAGAGAUUCUAAGGAAGAAGACAGGAGAAGAAAGAGAUAUCCUUGAAAGAGUAGAGAGGCUUAUGAAGAACAAAAUGGAAAUGGAGAAAACAAGUCGAGUAAAGAAAUGGGUUGUGAAGUGUCUUAAGUUGGAGGGUAUUUGUGCUUCACUUUGUCACACUUCUUGGGUCACUACCCCUUCAUGUCCUUGUGGAAACUAUGAAUAUAUUGAAGUAUGUAAGGGAGAUGAUGCAAAAGGAAGGUCACAAAAACUAAUAGUGGACAUUGAUUUCAAGUCUCAAUUUGAAGUAGCAAGGCCAACUCAAAGCUACACACAACUCACAAGCAAACUUCCAAUAAUAUUUGUAGGAAAUGAAGACAAGUUAAACAGGAUAAUUUCUCUCCUUUGCUCAGCUGCUCAAGAAUCCCUCAAGGAGAGAGGCCUCCACAUCCCUCCUUGGAGAAGGCCCACUUACAUGCUAUCCAAAUGGAAACUCUCGAAUUCCACCUGUUAUAAUAAUCUAUCCGUCUCUAUCUAUUCUUCCUAUUUAUCAGAAUCUAUUCGAGAUACUAAUAACAUUAAAGUAGAAAGAUUAAACUGGAAUGAAGAGAGUAAUAGUAAUAAUAAUAAUUGUAAUUAUAGUAGUAAUUCGAGAUUAGAGAAGUGGGACCCACAAAAUGUGAAAGGGAGAAGGGGAAUGGGAGGUGGGGGGUCAGGAUUGUCCAAUCAAUUUUCCAACUUGAGCAUCAAUUGUUGCUAGUAAGAAGAGUGUUGUGGGUGUCCAAUCAAUUUUUGGGAUUGUUAUGAUUCAUAAGUUUUGUAAGAAUAUUGGUACAUGUAUAUUAAAGAGUGAGACACAUGAAUAAAGUGAUAUUUCUUUAUUUAUCAGAUUGUCACUAUUGUCUGAUGUACACAAUUUUUUUGUAGCUAGAGUUUUAUUAUUAAUAGAUUAUGGUGGAUAGAAUUUUGUAACUAGUCAUCUUUCCAUAAGUUAAUUUAUAGUAUUGAUGUGGUGAUCAAAGCCCUUUGCAUAA